AAGCCGGAAGUUUCCUCCGAAACGUGAAGUUCUAGGGAAGCUGCUUGGUCAACUCUUAUCGAAAACUUUACAUAGGCUUAUUAACUUCAUUUUUUUGCUGUCUGAACAGUUAGCCUUGUCAUUAAUUUCGUUCGGGUACUUUUCGUCACCCUCAGACAACCGUAAAGAAGCCCGAGAAGUUGUCCACAUGGCGUUAUUUUGGGCGUUAAAGCAGCAGUGACUAUCAGAGCCCUGUUGAUCAAAUCGGGCAGAGAUCGCAGAAGUGCAGUGUAAGCGGUGGUCUCUCGGGUCUCUAAGAUGACUGAGUAUAAGCUGGUUGUUGUGGGAGCAGGUGGUGUCGGGAAAAGCGCUUUAACCAUCCAGCUCAUUCAGAAUCACUUUGUGGAUGAAUAUGACCCCACUAUUGAGGACUCUUACAGGAAGCAGGUGGUGAUUGAUGGCGAGACGUGUCUGCUGGACAUCCUGGACACUGCCGGUCAGGAGGAGUACAGCGCUAUGAGAGACCAGUACAUGAGGACGGGAGAGGGCUUCCUAUGCGUCUUUGCUAUAAACAACAGCAAAUCCUUCGCUGAUGUGCACUUGUACAGAGAGCAGAUCAAGCGAGUUAAAGACUCUGAUGACGUUCCGAUGGUUCUAGUGGGGAACAAGUGUGAUCUGGCUAGAACGGUGGACACCAAACAGGCUCAGGAACUUGCCAGAAGUUACGGCGUAGAGUUUGUGGAAACUUCAGCCAAGACUAGACAGGGAGUCGAAGACGCUUUUUACACCCUCGUUCGUGAGAUCCGGCAUUAUCGCAUGAAAAAGCUCAACAGCAGCGAGGACAGAAAGCAGGGCUGCCUGGGCGUGUCCUGUGAAGUCAUGUGACUGCAGUGUCUCACCCUUCUAUGUUUGUCUUUGUUGGCCAGGCAGCUAGACGCCUUAUCAUCACUUAAGGAUAGAUUAUUUGAAGUGGUCGAUCUUGUAAAACCCUCAGAUUGAUAUUUGUGUCGAGGGUCUGCACAGUCGGCCCCCUGCUGGCUGAAAGGGAUAAAUGCACAACUGGUCAGCUGUCAUCUGUUUACCUGUUGGUUGGCUGUUACCUGCGAUAACAAAACCAGGCCAUUUGAGAGACAUUUUGAUGUUUUGUGUUUCACAGAGUGUUUUUGCAUUCUUGUCAUAUAGUACGUUUGCUUUUCCUUUAAAAAAAAUGGGCAUUGGUAUUGAAUCUUUAUACUUGUAAGCCCUUGUGAAGACAUCUUCAGACAGCCUUCUUUUUUACUGUAUACCUGAAAACUAGCAUAAAAGCUUUUUUCAGUCACAUGGACACAUGUUCAGGUUACAUUUCAUCCUAAAAUAAAUAUGAAUAAGGACAUUUUGCAUACAAAUAAUACCAUUAGGGAACCAUUAAGAUGGUGCAUUACAUUUUGCCAUCUUACUUUUUUGCAUUAAAAUACUACAAUCACAUAAAAAAACCAUUUUCUAUGUGAUUAGGUAUAAUUUCUUAUAUCUUUAUGGUGUGAAAUGCCCUGAGCAUGUUCUUGACAGAUUUUGUGAGAUUUCCCCAUGCAUUGUUUUUAUUAAAGUAACUUUAGGCUAUAUAGGAUUUAAUGUAACAUCAUCAUCAAUUUUGGAAGCUGUUAUCCUCUAUUUGUAUAGGGCAGCCCUAUAAAGGCAGCGUAAUGUUGACGUAUUAGGGCUCUAAAGAGCGAACGUAAAAAAUACCCUUUAAUCUUAAUCUGCGGAUUCAAUGCUCAGGAAUACUGUGAACGCGGAUGUAUUUCGAAAAUGUGCCAUUAUGUCUGUUUCUUUUGUUCAUAUCCAAAGACCUUAUUUAGCAUUUUACUUUCCAAGAUACCCGUCACAUUUCUCAUUCUUUCCGAAGAAGUUUGACCUUUUAUCUUCUUUGAUCUCAACUGAAAAUUUGGACCUAAUGCAUGACGAUGGAAUCAAUGUAGUUUAAAGAGAGAAAUCCGAAGGCGUGAUAAGCAUAUGUGAUGGAGUUUACCUAAGGGCCUGAAUUGUGGUGCUGCUUGUGUACAUGUCAAAUGUGUUUUCUUCUCCGUCCUGUACAGCAUUACAUCUUUUAGCCCUUGUGAAAUAAUGUCUUAAAUCUUCAAGGAAAACUGUAAAAUGUGUUUAUUUUGAUGGUUUAUCAGGUCAUGGGGGUGGAGAUUAUUUGUUUCUUUGCCUGUAGAUAAAUAACCUCAAAGUUCUGGUUAUUCAUGUUUUUCAGUAUGAUGUUAUUUAUGUGCAUUUGUCUACAACUGUGCCUGAUUUCAUCGGGAGUGAAAUCUCUUGUGUGUUCCUAUUAUUAGUGGUGUUACAUUUGGCCAUCUGUUGUGACACUGACAGGGCCCGGAUGUAUUCUAACUAAGUUUGCCAUUACAUUAACAAUCCUACUUGUUCUAGACUUGAUUUUCAAUGUAUUUUGCAUUUUAAGCACAAUUUGUCGGCAUGCCAAACUUCGUUAAUCAAAUGUUUUGAAAAUCAUGCGAAAAUGAACAUUUCAUUUUUUCGGAGGAUAUUAAUAUGUAACAAAUUUUAAUGUGCCUACCAUAUUACAAAAUGUUUUACCAGUAAAUCAAUUGCAAAAA